UUGCAUUCCCAGAGCCUUCUGAAGCUCGGCUUGGCUACAUUCCUUGGAAGAAUAUAGCAAGAAGUGCAAUGGAGGCCAGAGGGGAGAGCUUUCUUAGACAAAGGCAAGUCCUGCUUUUCUUUGUUUAUGUGGGUGGGUUUCUGGCUGGGUUCGAGUCAAGACCCUAUUCAGUGGCUGAGGAAAAAGAGAGGGGCUUUUUAAUAGCCAAUCUAGCAAAGGAUCUAGGGCUAACUGUUGAGGAACUGGUGGCAAGGGGGGCCCAAAUUGUAUCGAAAGGAAACAAACAGCAUUUUCAGCUCAGUCAUCACACCGGUGAUUUGCUUCUGAAGGAAAAAAUGGACAGGGAGGAGCUAUGUGGCCCUACAGAGUCAUGUAUACUGCAUUUUCAGGUAUUACUGCAAAACCCUUUCCAGUUAAUUACACAAGAGAUUCAAAUCAUAGAUGUAAAUGACCAUGCUCCAGUAUUCUUUGAAAAUGAAAUGGAGCUGAAAAUCCCAGAAAACUCUCCACCAGGAACAGUAAUUCCUUUGGAAUAUGCUGAGGAUUUGGAUGUGGGAAAAAACAGUCUCCGAAACUACACAAUUGCUCCCAAUUCCUAUUUUCACGUUCUCAUGCGCAGUCGGAAAGAUGGAAGGAAGUACCCAGAGCUAGUACUGGACAGAACGCUGGAUCGAGAGGAGCUGCCUGAGUUCAGUUUAAUACUCAUGGCACUGGAUGGUGGGUCGCCACCAAGGUCUGGGACAGCCCAGAUCCACAUUCUGGUCUUAGACAUAAAUGACAAUGCCCCAGAAUUUGCACAGUCCCUCUAUGAAGUUCAAAUUCUAGAGAACAUCCCUAUUAACUCUGUCAUUGUCACUGUUUCAGCUUCUGAUUUAGAUACAGGAACUUUUGGGGCAAUAUCAUAUUCAUUUUUUCAUGCUUCAGAAGAAAUUCUCAAAACUUUUCAACUAAAUCCAAUUACUGGUGAUAUGCAAUUAGUUCAAUAUUUGAAUUUUGAAGCAAUAAAUAAUUAUGAAGUCGACAUAGAGGCCAAGGAUGGUGGAGGUCUUUCAGGAAAAUCUACAGUCAUAAUUCAGGUGGUUGAUGUGAAUGACAACCCACCAGAACUGACUUUGUCAUCAGUUAACAGUCCUAUCCCUGAGAAUUCGGUAGAGACUGUGGUAGCGAUUUUCAGUGUUUCUGAUCUAGACUCUGGAGACAAUGGAAGAGUGAUGUGUUCCAUCCAGAACAAUCUCCCCUUCGUCCUGAAACCAUCCUUAGAGAAUUUUUACACCCUAGUGUCUGAAGGAACGUUGGACAAAGAAAGCAGAGCCGAAUAUAACAUCACCAUCACAGUCACCGACAUGGGGACACCCAGACUGAAAACCGAGCACAGCAUAAUAAUCCUUAUCUCUGACGUCAAUGAUAACACUCCUGCCUUCUCCCAAACGUCAUACACGCUGUUGGUGCAGGAGAACAACCAACCCGCCCUGAACAUAGGUAGCGUCAGCGCCACAGACAGAGACUCAGGCACCAAUGCCCAGAUCACCUACUCGCUGCUGCCAACCCAGGACUCACACCUGCCCCUCGCCUCGCUGGUCUCCAUCAACGCAGACAAUGGGCAGCUGUUCGCGCUGAGGGCGCUGGACUUCGAGGCCCUGCAGGCGUUCGAGUUCCACGUGGGCGCCACAGACCAAGGCUCUCCUGCGCUCAGCAGCCAGGCGCUGGUGCGCGUGGUGGUGCUGGACGACAACGACAACUCGCCCUUCGUGCUGUACCCGCUGCAGAAUGCCUCUGCGCCCUGCACCGAGCUGGUGCCCAGGGCGGCAGAGCAGGGCUACCUGGUCACCAAAGUGGUGGCGGUGGAUGGAGACUCGGGCCAGAAUGCCUGGCUGUCAUACCAGCUGCUCAAGGCCACGCAACCUGGGCUGUUUGGCGUGUGGGCGCACAAUGGCGAGGUGCGCACC